AUGCAAGUUUUCUCUCCGAACGACAUCAACAUCUACGACCUGUCGGGCGGAAAGAACCUGCCCGACUUUUUGUCGAUGCGGAAGCGCAAAGAAAUGCUCCGAAAAGAUGUUUCGCUGCGAAGAAGAAUCGAUCUCAUCCAAGGAUUCGAAAUGCCAACAGUGAACACGCGAGUGAAAUGCACGAAAGACGGGCAGUACAUCUACACGGCUGGCUGCUACAAGCCGACGAUCAAAUGCUUCGAGACUUCGCAGCUUUCCCUGAAGUUUGAGCGCUGCGUCGACUUCGAAGUCGUCGACCUGCACAUUUUAACCGACGAUUACCAGAAACUGGCGCUGCUGGGCUCCGACAGAACGAUCGAGUUCCACACUUCAUCCGGAAAACACGCGAAACUGCGCAUCCCGAAAUUCGGCCGGGAACUGGAGUUCUACCCGGCCAACAGCGAAGUCCUAGUGGCGGCGAGCGGAAACGAGGUUUACAGAAUCUCGCUCGAGGAAGGCCGCUUUCUCCAGCCCUACCAAAUGGCGAUGGACGAAGCGAUGUCCAUCGCCGUUUCUCCAGAACACUAUCUCGUCUCCUUAGGCGGCAGUGAAUCAACUGUUGAAUGUUGGGAUCCGCGGGCGCGUUCGGCGGUUGGCUGCGUCAAACUGCCUCAGUCAGAUUCUGGAGUGUUUUCGAACAUAUCGAAGGUCGUCUAUCUCAGCGGACUGGAAAUCGCCGCCGGCACUGAAGACGGAAGAGUGGCUAUUUACGAUCUUCGACAACGAGCGCCGCUGGUCGUCAAAGAUCACAUGUGGUGCUCCUUCCUGGAUAUGUUGACCGAAGAGCUGGAAGAAUCGAAAACAGACGUGAUUUACGACGACUACAAAUUCCUCACUCUUCCGGAGCUGAAAUCGCUCUCGCUGGAGAGUCUCGUUGGAACGAAUCUCUUACGCGCCUACAUGCACGGCUACUUCAUCGACAACAGACUCUACCAAAAAGCGAAACUCGCCUCCGAUCCAUUUGCCUUUGAAGAGUACAAAGCCAAGCAAGUCGAAACUGCCAGAACCAAAGACAGAAAACGAGCACCCAUUGUUGAAAAGGUUAAAGUUAAUCCCGAUCUUUAUGUGAAAAUGAAGGAAAAUGGGGCCGAAAAGGUGGACGAUCGUUUCGGCGAUCUUUUCACAGACAAAGCCUUCCAAAUCGACGAAGAGAGUGAACGAUACAAUCAGCUCAAGCCAGUUUCGUCGACGAAGGUGCGAAAACGCGCAGACUCUUCCAGUGACGAAGAAAAGACGGCUGAGGACGAUUUAGUUCCCGACGUUUUUGUUCCAGAAAAGCCAAAUCAGAGAGCAGAUUCUGAGCGAGACAGUCUCGACAGCGAGAGCGACAGUGAAGCAGAUCAAGCCGCCGAGAAAAAGAAACAAGUGCGAAAGACGAAAAAGAUGACGGUCAGAAACGGAGUUGACCUUGGCCACUUCUACGACUCCAAUAAUACCACCAAGCUCAAGGAGCAGCGCAGGGUCGAGGAGCUCAUCCCCAUGUCCAAAAGAAUUGACAAAAAAGAAAUGCCUCAAAGCAGAAAUAUCCGCGGAGGAAGAGUGUUUGAGAUGGAAGUUGGCAAGAAGAAAGACAAGCAGAGAACGAAAGACACGAUGAAGCACAUAAAAGAGCGCCGAACGAACAUCAGAAAAGCAGAAUCUUUAUUGAAGAAGCAUCGACCGAAGAAAACCUAA